AUGUCUACCUCAGACUCCUACAUCAUCCACGAUGCCUCCCCGGAAUCAUCCAACGACCAAGACGAGGUCGAUUCCCUGCCGUCCUCGAUAGACAGCAGUGACCUGGACUCAGAGGAGGAAUCAGAUGCGCAAAGAGAGUGGGAAGCUAGUCUGCAGCAGCUGGAAUUGGUCUUGACGAUGGUCAUUGUGCCGUAUGCUGGGAAAUACUUGGGCCGGAAGUUUGCAUAUUGGAGCUGGGCAAAGUAUAUGAAAUGGAUGUAUCCGGUCGAAGUCCGAUUUACAAAUGAGACUGCCUUCAAGGCUGCCGGAGCUGUGGAAGCCGCGGCUACGUUGUGA